CGAUUAGCAUCAGAACAACAUGAAGAACCCAUCUGUUCUGUGGGGUGUCUGUGUCCUGCUGCUGUCUGGACUGACUGUUUCUUCAGUCUCUGUGGACGUCUUUCCAAACCGUCAGCAGUUCUUCAGAGGAGACAGUUUCACUGUGAGUUGUGCAGAUGUCCAGACAGAUGGAUGGACAGUGAAGAGGACACUGACGAAUGGAAACACUGAGACAUGUGCAGAGUUUGGAAGGAUGGACGGGUCAUUCUGUGUUGUCGAUGGUCUCACGCCAGGGAACAGUGGAGUUUACUGGUGUGAGACCAGUUCAGGACAGCAGAGUGACCAGGUGUCCAUCACUGUAACAGAUUUUUCUGUAAUCUUGGACAUCCCUGCACUUCCUGUGGAGACAGGAAGUGAUGUCACUCUGCGCUGUGUAGUCAUAGAUGGUUCAACACAGAAAGCCGAGUUUAAAAAAAACAGUUCGACACUCUCAUCUGUCCCAGUAGAAGAGUGGACCAUCUCUGUAGACCACCUGUCUGAUGCAGACCAGUACUCCUGUUAUGUUCCAUUGAUUGGUGAAUCUCCAUCGAGCAGCCUGAGGGUCAAAGAUCCUGGUUCUUCAGGUCCUGGUUCUUCAGAUCCUGGUUCUUCAGGUCCUGGUUCUUCAGAUCCUGGUUCUUCAAUGUCCGUUGUGAGGCUGUUCCUCCACCUGCUGGUCGCAAGUCCGUACUGCGUCUCCACUGUCCUGAUGGUGUCAAUCUACCGUAAAAGGAUCACAGGAAGAAGAGCAGCCGUCGCCAUGGAAACCAGGCAGCGUCACGUCGGAGACGAAGACGAACACUACGACGACGUGGCUGCAGGCGUCGCCAUUGAACACGACUUCUAAAGUAAUGACGUCAACUUCGACACCGAAAUAUGUUUUUAUUUCUAAUUUUACACUUUUCAUCUGAAAAAGAUUCUGAAAAACAAGAGUUUUUUCUUUUCUAUAAAUGAUGUGAUUUCCAAACUGAACAGAAUUAGUUUGUAAAUAAAUGUUUCAUAAACUCUUUAAUAUUUUUAAUCUGGUUUUAUCUGAUGGUGAUGUUUUAAAUAUUAAACUUUACUCAUUUAUUCUCAUUAUUCUUUGUUUUGUUUUUUUACUCCACCUUUCUGUUCAGUUGGAGUAAAUCCAGUCUAAACCCACUGGAGUUUGUGUUCCAUUCUUCAUCAGCUGAACUCAGAUCUCAGUCUGUGUGUGUGUGUGUUCACUUAAGGCCUGUUUGGGUCCAAUACUGUUCUGAACCUGUGGAAAUGUGGGAGAGUGGACACUGAGAAUCCAUCCACCACACAG